GUUUUCAACAGUAAAAUACACCAUUUUCUACAUAUUCAUAUAUUUAUAUAGCAGGAAUGUUGGGUAAUAUUACGAGAUCCUUAUUCAAUCAUUGAAAACCUGAAAAUCACGGAUGACUGUGUUUUGUAGCCUAAUGUAAAUUGCUUGAAUCUCAUUUGUUAAGAAUCGUUUAAGUAGGUUGUUGCAGAAUGUAUGCUUAACUAAAAUAUAUUAUCAUGCACAAUGAUUCAGUGUUUGGUAAAGAUUACUUUACAGCAGCAAAGUCUGUGUUCUGAACCAGCUGCUUGAAUGGGUUGAUUGUACGGAGUGUGGAUAAGUUCAGCGGCACCCUCAGGGGACUUAUAUGUUUCAUCCAUGGCUUAACACAUACAUGUCAAGUUAAUUGGUGAUUCUAAAUUGGAUGUAGGCUGCGCCUGGCUGUUAACUCUCUCUAAGGCUGGUUAGGACUUAGACAACACAGCUCAAAUACUGCAUAAAAUGUUUAAACCUGCAGUUUUAACAGCAGGUUACUGCUCACAAAAUCUUGAUAAACUGCUUCAUCUCUCUCCUUUCUGUGAGUUCCUCUCAUCAGUAGCGGUGAUUUUUUUUCUUCAUUUUUGCAUAAAUAUUUUCCCAAAAUCAUCCAAUAAAACAAUACAAUAGCCCUGCCAGCUUCAUAGAUGCUGAGCUAUAAUUUGGUGAUGUAGCCGCUGCCGAGAGCUGUCCCUAUCUCAUAUUCAGAGCGUUACGCAGCUUCUUUGGCAUCAACUCAGCCCUGAUUGAUUUGCAUCAUAUCAGCAAUCAACCUAGAUAUUCCAGGAAGAUUGUGCCUCUAAAUAAUGAAUUGUUCAGUUUCAGUUAGGUUGCACUAUGCAAACAGGUUGUGGCACCAAAAGUUUCAAAGUAUUCUCUAAGUGCACAGUGCAUGACUUUUAUUUUUAUAUAUUCCUUCCUCUCAUCCAGGACAACAAAUAGUUGAGACACAUCUAAGUCAGUAACUGGAGUUAGCAACCUGAUUUUGGCCUCCUGUACCAUCCGCUGUAACCUCAGAAGCAGGCCUGCUGUAGCUGGCAGCUCCUUGAUUAAAUGCAGAAUUGAUUUCACACAUUUCAUCUGAUCUGCUGGGUUAGAUAGAUAGAGGACGACAAUGGCUUUGGAUUGUGCUAAAAGAGAUUACAGUCAUUUUUGUAGUCCUGUCAAACAGUCAACAACACCACACAUGGGUAUCAGUUCACGUUUAGCUUCUCUCGUGUGUGUGUGGGUGAGUGAAAACAUACAUUUGUAACUGUUAGAUCAUCAGUUCGAUGACAAAAGACUUCAAAGAGCAGAGUUCUUUACCGCCUCAAAUCGGCUGCCUUCUUGGAGGUAUCCAUAGCAACUAAAAGAGUAAAGGGAAGGUUUGAGGUCUCCAGAGAAUUUGGAAGCGGCAGAGAAAUGGACUUUGUUUUCCACAUGACGACUUUUUUCAAGCAAUGAAUGUGAGAGAAAGGAUAUGAAAGUGGAAAUGUCACAGUGUGAACGCAGCCAGCAAACACAUAAUGUUGAAUCAGUUAAACCCGCCUCCAUGCUUCAACAAUUAGUGUGUCGUAGGGAUGCUUAAAUAGCCUUUAUAAACAUAUGCAUUCCAACAUUGUGUCUACUUAGCGGUCUACUGGAUAGAAAGUUCACAAGUAACAUGGAAAUGCAAAGAAAAUUCGAAGUAGAUUAGAUUUAUUUGUCUGAAAAAGAUAAUUAGUUGUUUCCGACUGAGGUCUGUAAUUCACCACUUUAUCUGGCUAAUUACAUGAGAACAAAGUCAGUUUUAACUCAGUCCUUUACACACUGGAUUAAGGGGAAUCACGAAUUAGUGAAAAGACAGUUAAUCUGAGAUCAGAACAUAUUGUUGCAGCUUGCUUGGAAGUUUUAAAAAAUCAGAAGAUGGAUGGGGGAUAUUUGUAUAUGCAAAUGGACUGAUGCAUAUACUCCCCAGCUAUGUUUUAAAAAAUGCAUUUUUGUUUUUGUUCCAUGCAUCCAUCCAUCAAUCCAUCCAUCAAUCCAAAGUCAGGCUGCAGAAGUAAUAGGUCCAGAGGGGAAGUUCAGACAUCACUCUCCCAGCUCCCUCUAGAGGAAUCCUUGGGAACUCCCUGGCAGGAGACGAUACACACAAUUCAUCCAGCAAGUUUUGGUUCUUCCUUGUGUUUUCCUUCCAGUGGGAUGUACUUGGAAAACCUCCAGAGGGAGGCAAGCAGGAGGAUGCCCAAGCCACCUCAGUUGCUAUGAUGAAACUGGCUGCAUCAUGCCACUUCUUGCUACUACUGCUGCAUGUUGUUGAGCUAACAGGUGACAAUACAGACAGAAUCAUCGGAGGCUAUGUGGUACCCUCUCACAGCAUUAAGUAUCAAGCUUCCCUCUUAUUCAGUAACUCCCUCUACUGUGGAGGAAUCCUCAUCCAACCCCAGUGGGUGAUGUCUGCUGCCCACUGCUGGAAGCCGAGUUACUUGGUAAAAGUGGUCCUGGGUGACCAAAACCUCAUGUCGUCGGAUGGAUAUGAGCAAAUAUUCAACGUCUUAUUUAUCAUCAAACAUCCUGAUUACAACUUAUGGAUGCUUGACAAUGACAUCAUGCUCCUGAAGCUGGACCGCCCGGCUACCAUCAAUGCUGCUGUGGACGUGGCUGUUUUGCCGGAUGUGGACGCACCCCCUUUACCAAACCUGUCUACAUGCACCGUCAGUGGUUGGGGGGUGACUUGGGUCUUUGGCUACACUCUGUCCAGUGACCUGAUGGCGGUAGAUGUGGUUUACUUUGCAGACUGUUGGCAGUUCUACUACUUCAGAGCCACAUCCAACAUGAUCUGUGCUGGUUCUUAUAAUGGAGGGAAAGAUUCGUGUCAGGGAGAUUCAGGGGGACCUCUUGUCUGUAAUGGUAAACUUGAAGGCAUCGUAUCCUGGGGCAUCGGUUGCGGCUAUUCUUUCUACCCUGGUGUCUACACGAAGGUCAGAAACUACCUCUCGUGGAUCAGCUUGACCACCAAGAAUAACUAAUACCCAAACGGCUCACAGAGGGGAUACUUUCAUAAACCUUUACAUGGAUCCUGAAGAACUGAAUACCACCAUGAGUGAUUGUUUUUAUCACUUAGGGUCGCUUUAAGAUUUUAUUUACAAAGAUUGAAAACACUCUGCUGCACAUUAGAAAUUUCAUAGCUUUUAAUAUUUCACAUGUGGAAACUAUAUCUGAGCUUAAUAACUACUCAGAAUAGUAUUCAAAAAUAAACAAAAUUUGUUCUGCUUGUUGCAUUAAAUGCAUUGUGAUUAAGCUGUUUUCAGACCCAAUUUCUGGAUGUCAGAUUCUGUCAAGGCUGUUUGUUUUUUUUCUCUUGAAGAAUUUUUUUUCACUUGACAAAAAAUUAAAUGAGACUUGAAAAUAAAGAUUCGUAUUUUCUCAGA